UUCCCACUGUUUGCAGUCAGGACGUUGGGUUUUUUUUUAAAAUUAUGCAUUUGUACUAAUUUAUUUUUAGGUUAUGCUACAUAGUGAAACAGAAACACAUAUUGCAACAUCAUAAACAUGAGCAAAUCCGUCAAUCCAUGUUUUGUACGGAAACCGUUCACAUUUAAGAACCACGAUGGCACGCAAACACUGAUAGUGUCCAUACCAGAGGUUCUUGAUCCGCAAUAUGGAAUGUACGUGUGGCCUUGUGCGGUGGUUUUGGCACAAUACGUAUGGACUACAAGAGAGAACCUACAGAAGAAGACUGUACUGGAGCUAGGUGCUGGGGUGAGUUUACCAGGCAUAGUGGCAGCAAAGUGUGGAUCUCAAGUGAUUCUGUCAGACAGUGCUGAACUUCCUCUCUGCCUAAGAAACUGCAAGCGCUCCUGCGAAGUUAAUAAUCUACCGAGUGUACCUGUGGUAGGCCUUACCUGGGGUGAAGUAUCACCCGAGUUAAUUUCUCUGCCAGCUCUAGAUGUUAUCCUGGGAUCAGAUGUUUUCUACGAGCCUCAAGAUUUUGAAGAUGUCCUUGUGACGGUGUCCUUUCUAUUAAAACGAAACCCUAAUGGUCAGUUCUGGACCACUUAUCAGGAGCGGAGCACUGACUGGUCUAUAGAGGCUUUGCUGCACAAGUGGGACCUGCAGUGUACCAAUAUUCCACUGGACACAUUUCAUGCAAACAAAAGCCACUUAGCAGGAUCAACUCUACCUGGGAAUCACACUAUACAAAUGAUGAUUGUAACCAGGGGGUAAGGCUUGAUGCUGUUGAUGUAUGUGACUACAAGCCUUGGUUGAAAUAGCAGGCACUUGUAAAGUAUAUUUAUUAAAGUAUUUCAUACUCUGGAAAUUGUUAAAGUAUUUACGUAUUUUGUCAUCUGCA